CUCUCAUUUCUCUGUCAUCUUCCCUUUCACAUCUCUGGACCUGAGUCUUGAGAUAACAUCAAUGAAAUAAGGAGCCUGUCGUGGCAACAAGCCACUCAAAUUUUAGGAGGGAUACUGCAAUUUUGUGUCACCAACUACAGAAAUGCAAGCAAUCAGGUCUCUGUUUAUCCCCAAGUGGUCUUCAGAUGUGCGUCUAGAUGGGAAGACAGCUAUAGUAACUGGGGCCAACGUUGGAAUAGGCAAAGAGACAGCUAAAGACCUGGCCGGCAGAGGUGCACGGGUGAUUUUGGCAUGCCGAGACAUGGCAAAAGGAGAGCAAGCUGCUCGUGACAUCAUGAGGGAGGUGAACGGAGCCAAGGUAGUCGCCAGGCAACUGGAUCUGGCUGACACCAAAUCGAUCUGCCAGUUUGCUGAGAAUAUCUACAACACUGAGAAGGCUCUUCACUGCCUGAUCAACAAUGCAGGUGUGGCUAUGUGCCCUUACAGCAUUACAGUGGAUGGAUACGAGAUGCAGUUUGGAGUCAAUCACUUGGGUCAUUUCUUCCUGACCUUUCUGUUACUGGAUUUGCUGAAGCACUCUGCCCCAUCUCGGGUCAUCAACUUGUCAUCGGCAGCUCAUGCCAUGGGCAAGAUCCAGUUUGAUGACCUGAGCGGUGAGAAAGACUACCACCCUGUCAGGGCCUACGCACAGAGCAAGCUGGCUAACGUCCUGUUUACCAGAGAGCUGGCCAAAAGGACUGAGGCUCUAGAUGUGAUGGCUUACUCUGUGGACCCCGGCAUUGUGAGCACUGACAUAACAAGGCACCUAUGGCGCCCUCUUGUGGACUUAGUCAAGACCUUCAGUUUUCUGGUCAAGACCCCAGCAGAGGGAGCCAACACCACCGUCUACUGCACCGUCACUCCUGAGAGCCAGCUGCACACUGGAGGAUACUACAAGGACUGUGCCAGUGCAGAGAGCUCCAGGGCAGGCCAGGACGAUGGCACUGCCUUAAAGCUGUGGGCUGUGAGCUGCCACCUGCUGGGCAUCCGCUGGAGAUAAACAUAACAGACUUAAAUAUGCUCUCCUCCAUGCUAUGAAGCAAAAUUCACGAGCACAUACAGUGAUACCCAUAAUACUACAAAUAUUAUGCUGAUGCUGGGUUUAGUGAAUGCUGAAAAUGUGAUGCAUGUGAUGGAAAAAACAUGUGUAAGUAGGCAAACAGGAUGCCAAAGCAAGCCUAAUCUACUUAUUAUAAAUGAAAAUAGCAGCAGCUGAUAAUAAAUAUCACUGAUAUUCCAAACUG